GAUGAAAGCAGAUAUAAUGAUCACACUGUUUAAAGCUGCAGACAGAAACAUCAGACUCAGGACAGAAACACACGACCUCUAAAAAAUGGAGCAAACUCUAUAUUUCAUUCUUCUUCUCAUUGCUCUCUGCUCCGUAUCUGAAUGUGUUCAGCGUCAGUAUCACUUUAUAAACGUGACGAAGACCUGGACUGAAGCUCAGAGAUACUGCAGAGAGAAUUACACAGAUCUGGCCACCGUUGACAACAUGAACGACAUGAAUGAGCUGAAGAAGAGUGUGAAUGAUGGACAUGUCUGGAUUGGGCUGGAGAAGACGGGUGUUGAUAAAUGGCAGUGGUCUUCAGGUGAUCCUGCGCUCUAUCUGAACUGGGGAUCUGGACAACCUGAUGGCAGAGAUGAGUGUGUUAUGAUGAGAAAUGGACAAUGGCAUGAUGGGUCAUGUAGUAACAGCCUGACUUUCAUCUGCAGUUCAUCUAACAACAUGAACACAGGACUCGUCUUUGUCAAUCAGAUGAAGAAUUGGAGAGACGCUCAGAGUUACUGCAGACAGAAUCACAUUGAUCUGGUCAGUGUGAGGAACCAGAAUGAGAGUCAACAGCUUCAGAAGUUCAUCAAUGAUAGUCUCAUAUCUGGUGAUGUCUGGAUCGGUCUGUUCAGAGACUCAUGGCAGUGGUCAGAUCAGAGUAACUCCUCAUUCAGAUACUGGAAUACUGGUGAACCUAAUAAUGUUGGAGGAAAUCAAAUCUGUGCAGAGAUUUAUCCGAACGCUCAGGGACAAUGGAAUGACGCCCCUUGCAGCGAACAACAUCCUUUUGUGUGUCAUGAAGAUAAACUGAUUCUGAUCAAAGAGAAUCUGACGUGGUCUGAAGCUCUGAGAUACUGCAGACAGAAUCAUACGGAUCUGGUCUCGGUUCAUUCAGAAGAGAUGCAGCGUGAGGUGAUGAAUGUGGUUAAACAGGCGUCUACUGAGGAGGUGUGGUUGGGUUUACGUUACUCCCACAUUUUGGGCAUCUGGUACUGGGUGAGCGGAGACACCGUGUGCUAUCAGAACUGGGCUCCAGGGAACGGCACAGCAGUGGAGAACUGUGAGUCUGCAGUGAGAUCUGGAGCAGUUCAGUCUGGAGGAGAUCAGCGCUGGAUCAGCCGUCCUGAGACUGACAAACUCAACUUCAUCUGCAGCAGAUAUGAAGAGUGAAUAGAUACACAUACAUUUCAUGUAAGAUAACAAAUGCUUGAGUGUUCACUUCCUUUAACUUCAGUUUCAUUCAUCACUUGGUUGUAAAGUAAUAUUUUCACCCUCAGUAGGCAGUUGUAUCUGAGGGUGAUGGUCUCUUUCAAAACACUGCUUCAUGAAGCUUUAAGAAUCUUUUGUUGCGAAUAAGUUACUUUUUUUAAACAUUUCGAAAUUUUAAUGGUUUGCCGCUAUGAUCUCUGUGAAGAUUACCUUUUCAAUAGGCCUUUAUCACACUUUCAUUGAAAAGCGUAAGCUUCAAAUAGUAGCGUAAGAACUUCUGCUGUCGCCUGAAUCAAUGGCUGUGCUCAUAGCACGCGAUUGUUGUGAUUUAUUUAUGUCAAAUUCAGCACAGAAACUUCUUCUAAAGACACCGACCUCAGUUUACAGUCAUUAAUUGAGUAUUGUGAAACACAGAAAAAGGUGUCAUGAUAUUCUGACGAAUAGUUCAUGAUUUAAAGGGUGAAAGUCAUACUGUAUGUGUAUGUGCAAUACUUCAGAGUCUGAUCACCUUAUUUUAUUACAGAUCUCAAGAAUACAAUAUAAACAACAGAUCACAUUAAAGAGCAUUACAAUUAGACAACGCUUACAAUAUUAAUUACUACUCAAAUCUGUUUGGGGGAGAUUUAAUUAAAGGUUUGGGGAAACUUAUUGUAUUAAACAAUAAUGAUCACAUUUUUUCAUCCACUUUACGAUGCAGUCAUCAAUAAUCAGAUUAAAUUGAAGUUUGAUUAUUCAAAAAUAUCUGGUUAGAUCAUCAUAAACGAGUCAUAUCCUCUGUGUUUGAGUGCAGUGAUUGGAUAGCAAAAAUGGGUGGCAAAAAUAAACAAAAUAGCAUUAAAAAUAAAAUUAAAUGAGUCUGAUGAUUCCUCUGGCAGUAACUUGAGCUGUGUGCUGCUAAUGUCUGACAGCGCUGACGAUCACGUCUCUCAGAUAAUGAUACACAAUAAAAUAAGAGACUUACACAGUAGGGUAUCAUGUAAGUAAGGGAUAAUGUACAUCCGCUUCACGUUGGGGUCCUGAUCACCCUGUCGGGGUUUAUUCUGAGAUAACAACCGGAUGGAUGUACAUUAUCCCGCUUAUUACACGGCUACUUGCCACAUAAGUAAAUAAUUAGACACGAAAUAGAUAUACAAGAUAUUGAUCUGAGAUUAAACUGAUUUAAAAUCGUACCUGUUUGUUAUCUUAAUCCAUUACAGUGAACAAAACAAUAGUCGCAAAAUGGCAGCAGCUGCGUUUGUAUGAAACGAGAGAGCGAUACCGGAUGACAUAAUGAAAUAACUACAAAAUUUGACUGCUUUUUAAUAUUUUAUUAGCUCACCAAAGGCAAAACUUCCACGAGGAAAAACCGUUCCUAGCAAGCACAUAGCGCUGCAGACUUCAGUAACCCGGAUGAGCCUGUGUUAACUGUUUUCAGCGGUUGUUAUCGGGGAACAACAUACCGCUGGAUGGCGCCAUUGACCAAUCAGAAUCAAGUAUUCCACAGAGCCGUGUAAUAAGUCUAAAUAAACAGUUUCAAAUAUUGGCGUUUGUUGUUCAGUUGUUAAAGGGGUGAUGAACUGAGAAAUCAAAUCUUCCUUGAGCUUUUGACAUAUUAGAGGUCAUCAUACUAUAAGAAUAUCCUGUAAGUUUCAGAACUGAAAACUUCCUUGUUAGUCCAAUAAAAGCUUUUAUUGACACCAGACCCAGCAAACGACAGGUUUUUCAAAGUGGGGAUCUAUGACGUCAAAGGGCAGCAAGCACCGCCUUCGCAGAAGAAGAUCAACGCCUACUUCAUCACUGCCUGUUUAGCCCCGCCUACCGAUUCACGCAUGACAUGCAACAGAAUAGGUAGAUUAAGUAACAUAGUAACAUAGGCCUAUGUGGUGCUAAACCAGAUCGAGCUACCAAGCAAUAAACAUGCCGUUGAGGAUUACAAAAUAUUGUGCAGUGCCUGGACUCGACAGUAAUGCAACAUGUAAGUCACUGUGUUAAAUCUAAUGCCUGAUCUGAAAUUAAUGAUUCACGUACAGUCAGAUGUUCUUUGUCUGUGUGUCAGUAAAUCAAACCCAUGACUAAACGUCAACUUGCAUUGUUUCUCUUAGUAGGAUUAAAAUAAUCUGUUAUUAAACGGUGAUUGAAUUAUAUAAAGAAAGCGAUCAAAGAAAGCUCCCUUUGUAAUCGUUGGAGCAGCGCGCUGAAGCUGUCAAUCAAACAGAGCGAGUUUAUCAGUGACCGAGUUCUGGACAUGCGCAAAAACUCCCGUUUUAUUCAACGAAUCUCUUAGUUAUAUCGUGUUUGCAAUGUUAGUGAAGAUGAAAGCAUUUGUUAGUGUACAGAAUUGAGUUGCAAUGAUGAGAUCACUGCUUUCCUGAGCUCAACAUGUCUGUGAUCGACUACAGUGUUCAUCUCUGCAACCUUUCAUGCCACUAUAGAGUACCUCAGGGAUGACGUGUUUUUGUAGGCCAACCCGGAAGUUAGCGGCGCACGGGUUCCCUCAAUCGAAAGCCUAUGCAUUUUUCCCAUAGACUUUUGGAAAAUCGCAAAAAAUAAGCUCUGUGUUUAACAAAGGGUUAUGACACUUACACGUUUUGUCUAUCAAGAUAAUCUUUACAAGUUAACACAACAUUUAUACAUUUUGAAGCCUAAAUAAAGUGGUCAGGUAUAAAAAGCUAACAGUAGGCUAUAAACGGACUACAGCACACCAUGGUCGCGGAUCAACGUCACCACCACCAAGCUUCCUCAAACUUUAUUAAAAAACAACUUUAUUUAAAAACAUGCUCGCUGAUUAUGAUCUGCGCUGUGUAUGAAUACUUAUCCACUUUUUCAUGAGAAAUGCUGUCCAAAUGUCUUGUUUGUCAUGAUGACGUCUAAAGUCCCCGCCAAAGAAAGUAGUCCCUUUCAGCAAUUUGUUAGCAACUGCCGUCUUUAAGACACAAUAAAGGUUUAAAACAUCACAAGCAGGUUAUAACUGGUGUGUUUUAUGUCAUAGAUCAAAACAUGAAAAUAUUUAGAGGCUUUGUUAACCACAGACCUUAUUUCGGGCGAUUUAGCAAAAACCCAUUCAAAAAACCCAUAACUCACUUCCGGUUUUGCCUACAAAAACACGUCAUCCCUGAGGUACUCUAUUUAAAUAUAAUGCCACGAUCUAAAUAUAAUGCCAUAGAUCUAAAUGUAAUGUAGCACUUUUCAUGAUUAGUUAACCUUGAGAGCUGUUAUAGUAAAAAUGUGCUAAAAGUUUUCGAGAGUGUAAUACUUGGCUAAUUCAAAUGCGAAGAUGUCAGCCAAUCACAGCAGUGGGCGUUUACACUGAAGUCUCACACAGACACGCCCCUUAAAACAGAGCGUUCAAAUCAGAGGCUAAAAUCAGGGUAGAAAAAAUGCCUUUUAUUUCUAAAUUAUGACAAUUUUGGAUGUAAAAAGCAUAUUAACAUUAUAAGUGCACCCCAGGAAACAUUAUAAAACAAUAAAACAACGCAGUUCAUGACCGCUUUAAUUGUUAAGAGCCUCGAUGUCCACUGUUUGCUUUCACAAACUCUUUCUGUCUCGUUUUGUGUUAUUUACUAACUUCAGAGUUAACUGAAUUUUGUGAGGGGUCAAAGGGCAUCAUACACUCAUCAUUAUACUGUAUGUUUAUACUGUUUUCUUUCUAUUCUAUCAUGAUAUAAUUCAUGUAACUGAAGAUGGUGUGAGUUUUUUAAAUUCCUCAUUUGUGUUUUAAGGAUCUCUGUAUGCUGUUGUGGCUACUUCUCUCUCUUAUAUUGAGUUUCAUGUGUUAAUCAUGACUUUAUAUUAGAAAUGACUGGAUGAAUGUGAAUCAAUGAGCACCAACAUUAUGUGCCUCAGCUAAAUGAAAUAUUGUUUAUUCAUGAAGGAGUGAAGGUUGGGUAUAAAAUAUCUAAUUCUUUUGUGCUAAACAUAAAAGAACGUGUCAACAACAGCAGCUCAAAUAAACUCAUGUACAACCAGCAAUCUGAUCUCUUGACUGUUUCCCAACAUCAGAAUGAUCAUUAUAUCACAAAAUCCAACAUGGUUUAAAUCAUAUUUCAAACAUUUUGAGGAUACAUAAGCUGUGUAUUAAUUCAGAUACUGCAUCCUUCGAAG